AUGGGCUGUUCGGAGACGAAGAGCGUAUCAACAAUUGAACAAGUUUCUUCUAUGGAAAAUUCACGUGAACUACGUCCUAUCGAAAAUCAUAUUCUCAUUUGCCUUGUCAAUGCAUCAACGUCAGCAAUGAUCAAGAAUAUCGCCAAGAACUUACGUCAGAUUAUCUGCACCAUAAAAAUCUUUUCCGACGCGAAUAAAUGUAUGAAAUUUAUCGAAAGUAUAACAGAAGAAAAAAUAUUUCUGAUCAUCACACCGGAAAUGGAUCCAGCCAUUCGAAGUGUUUAUUAUCUAUCGCAGUUGGAGAGGAUCUAUGCUUUCUACGGAUCGCCGUCGCAUAUGAUAGGUACUGAUGAUGAGAAUAUACAAAAGAAGAACUUCUCAAAUAUCGAUAAACUCUGCGAACAACUUGAACGAGAUGUGAAACUUUGUUCACUGGAUCUUUUGAACAUUAUUGUUGUUCCAGCCGAAGCACAACAGAUUAGUCCAGAUUCAACUUCUCGAAAACAAGUGGCUAUGUUUUUAUGUACCCAAUUGGUCAAACAAAUCGCAGUUCGCAUUAAGUUCGAAAAUAAUCAUAAAAGCGUGUUUGUCGAUUUCUGUCGUACCCAUUAUGAGCAAAUGAACGAGCAGAUGAAUGAUAUCGAUGAUUUCGAUAAGAAUUACCGGCCAAAAAGUGUCCUCUUAUGGAUGACAAAGCCAAGUUUUGUUUCCCGCAUGCUUCACCGCGUUUUACGUACCUACGAAAUAGAUGUUAUCUACAAAAUGGGAUUUAUAAUCAAACAUAUUCAUACUCAACUUACUCUUUUACAUGAGAAUAUACCGGCAGUACUGAAAAAUAAUAUUGCUGUGUAUCGUAGUAAAUCCCUGUCGAAUGCUGAAUUCGAUACGUUGAUAAAGAAGAAUUGUGAUGGACUUCUGUCAUUUUCGAAUUUUAUUACCGCGACGAUUCAUAGGGAAAAAGCGGUCGACUUUCUCCGACACCGGGUGAUGGCACAUCCGAAAAUGAUUGCUGUACUUUUUGAAAUAUACUUCGAGGCAACCGACCGUAGUGCGGGAAAUGUAUGUGCUGUACUGAAUAAUUCAAACUCAAUCAUCGAACCUGAAGAUGAAACGAUCUGUUUUACUAUGGGUACUGUCUUUCGUAUUAAAUCAAUCGUUGAAGAAACUCUCGAUCAGUCGAUGAAUAUAUGGAUCGUUCGAUUGACGUUUGUUGAUGAUAGUGAUCAGUAUUUCUGUCGAUUGACCGAACCUCUACGAAGUAACGAUGUAGAAACGAAUCCGCUUUCCUACUUGGGCAAACUACUCAUUGAAAUGGGUGCAUGCGACCGUGCUGAACGAUUCUAUCUUGAUUUAUUGAGUGAUCCGUCCGUGUACGGUCAACCGCGUCGUCUUGCACGUUUACAUAAUGGCCUUGGAGUGAUUUUUACAUUCAAGGGCGAACAUUUGAAAGCACUUGCACAUUACGAAACAUCGCUGAAAACAAGUUUAGAUUAUAUGACGCCAGAUCACCCCGAUCUGGCGCCGAUUUACAAAUUAAUGGGCGACAGUUGUUUCAAUAACCAAAAUUACGCACAAGCAUUGCAACACUAUGAGAGAAGUAUUCAAUUGGUCAACAAUCAAAGCAAACAGCAGGUGGAUCAUUCGUUUAUUGAUAAUUUGAAAAACUCCAUUGAUAAAACGAAACAACUACUUGCAUGA